AUGUGGGGCGUAUUUGGCAGAAUAAACAACGUCAAACGUACUGGCGCUUUUGUCAGAACUGCGACUGCUAGAAAAUUUUCAAGAGCGCACAUUUUGCUGGCCUCAGUUGCCGCAAUUACAGCUUCACUCCUCAUUAACGGAUCUCCUAUCCUGAAUGACGUAAGCAAUCGCUCCUUGGACGGUGUCGAAGUUGAUAGUGCUAUCACUCCAUUCGAGACAUACUUCUCAAGCAAACAAUUGCCAUUUUUGAGUUCGGACCACAAACUUAUCGCCUCUGGAGUGAGAUCUGUCACGUUUAUGGGGUUCAAGGUCUACGGAGUUGGUCUUUACAUUUCCGCGAAGGAUGAGCCAAAAUUGAAAUCUGUGAUUCAGGAAUUGUUGAAGGAAAACCCAGAUCACACGGUAAAGACAUUACUCGAUGAUAAAAAGCUUUCGCAAGACGCGGUAGAUAAGAUCUCCCAGGUCGUUCCAUAUGCGGUCAGAAUCACACCGAUCAGAAAUACAGACUUUCAACAUAUGAAGGAUGGUCUCACGAAGUCUAUUCUCGCCAAUCCAAUGGCCAAGGAAUUCCGUGAUGCUGUUGCUGGUGGCGUGGAGGAGUUAAGAACUGUCUUCCAGAACUUCAGAGGAUCCUUCCCUAAGAAUAAGACAUUGUGGGUAAUCUCUGACACAAAGAGUACCAAAUUGCACAACAACGUGAAGGAUGAGCAGGACAUGGGUCAGGUCGGAGAGCAAAUCAUUUCAAGAGUGCUCCUUGUAUCGUACUUGAGCAAUCUCCAGCCCUUGAGUAAACCAUUGAGAGAAAACUUCGUUUCGUACGUUACCACUCUUGUUGAUUGA